ACGCCCAACGAGAGAAUGUGGAGGUCGGCGCUCGCCCUGUGCCUGCUGCUGUCUGCCCUGUCCGGAGGGGCCGCCGCCGAUCCCGGCCCGCAGUACAUGCUGCUGGUCCCCAGCCUCCUUCAUGCGCAAAGCCCGGAGAGAUUCGGUUUGCUGUUGUCCCACCUCAAUGAGUCCAUCUCAGUUUCGGUGACCCUGGAGCUGGCGACUCGCAACGUGACCUUACUGGAGAAAGACGUCACAGAGCCCGACGACGACAGCUGGGUGACCUUCGUUACCCCCUCGGUAGAUGCAGCAGAGGUGGGCUUCCUGACGCUGCGAGCCGACGGGGGUACCCUGCACUUCAGGUCCAGGAGAAGCGUCCUGAUCAAGCCCUUGCUGAACCUCGUCUUCAUCCAAACGGAUAAACCCAUCUACAAGCCGGGACAGAAAGUCCUGUUCCGCAUCGCCGCUUUGAGUGAGAACUUUCACGCCGUAUCGGAACAUUUCCCCGUGGUGUACAUCGAGGACCCCAGAGGAAAUCGCAUCACCCAAUGGCUAGACGUGGAAACCUGCAGGGGGAUCGUACAGGAGUCCUUCCAGCUGACCUCCGAACCCUCGCAAGGGACGUACAAAGUGGUGGCCGUGAGGGCCAAAGGCCCCCGCGUGCAGCACUCCUUCACCGUGGAGGAAUACGUGUUACCGAAAUACGAGGUUCAGGUGAAAGUGCCCCCCGUGCUCACCAUCCUGGACAAGGAGCUGCGAGUGACCGUCUGCGGGAAGUACACGUAUGGAAAGCCGGUUUCGGGACAGAUCAAAGUGCGCGUGUGCAGAAAAUUCGCUCAUAGCUACACCUACUGCCAGGGAGAGGAGGACGCCGUGUGCGAGGAGCUGCUCCACCAGGCCGGUCCCGACGGCUGCUUCUCCGAUGUGAUGCCGACGAAGAUCUUCCAGAUGAAGCGCACCGGAUACGAGAUGAAAAUCACCGCCAAAGCCACCAUCACGGAGGACGGGACAGAUGCGGAGCUGACGGCUGAAGCUUCUUCUGAAGUGAAGACCACCCUGGCUAAAGUGUCGUUCCAGAACGUGGAGUCCCACUUUAAAAGGGGUAUUCCGCUGUACGGACAGGUUCUAUUAGAGGAUGCAUCUGGAAGUCCGAUUGGCAAUCAAACCGUGGUGGUCUUCGUAGGACACAGCGGAAAGAACUACAGCUACACAACCAAGCCGGACGGCACGGCCGAUUUCUCCAUCGACACCUCAUCUUUUCAGGAGUCCUCACUCCAACUCCGGGCGUUCUACAAGUCGUCUGAAUACUGCGGCCGGCACGGGUGGCUGAACCCGACGUACGAGGAGCCGUCCCGGGGCGUCAGCCGCUUCUACUCCAAGAGCGCCAGCUUUUUGAAAGUCAAACCAAUAUUCAAGAAGCUGAGGUGUCAGAGCGCGCAGAGGAUCCUCGUCCAUUACGUGCUGACGGCCGAGGGGAUCGGGCACACAAAAGACGCCGUGUUCCGCUAUGUGAUUAUGUCUAAAGGGGGCAUCGUAUCGUCCGGGAAGCACGCCGUCCUACUGGUCCAAAACCAAGAGGCCUUGGGAGAGUUUUCGUUUAAACUCGAUGUCGGAGCCAACGUCGCUCCUCUGGCAAAGAUUCUCGUGUUCCUGAUUCUGGAUAGCGGAGAGGUUAUCGCCGACACCGCCACCCUCAACGUGGACCGGUGCUUCGACAACAAGGUCAAGCUGUCCUUCUCUCCCACCGAGUCCCUUCCCGGCUCGCAGACGGUCCUCAGCCUCCACACCGACCCCGACUCCUUCUGUGCCGUGCGCGGCGUGGACUCCAGCGUCCUGAUCAUGAAACCGGAGGCAGAACUGUCGGCGAAAUCGAUAUAUGAGCUGCUACCCGUUGUAGAACUUUUUGGAUAUAACCACGACGGCCAUUACCUGGAGGAGCCGCGCGAUGACCCGUGUGUGAGGGCCGAUCCCAUUUUUAUAAACGGCCUGCACUAUAACCCGAGCAGCCCGGCGCAGGACACGGACACCUACGCCAUCUUCAAGGAACUCGGCCUCAAGGUUUCCACAAACACCAAUAUCCGAAGCCCGACUCUCUGUCUCCAGUUUGAGCCCUACGGAAUGCCGGCAGCAGGCAUCGCGCGCAUGAGUGCCCUGGAGGACAUGAUGAUGCCGGAGGCCAUCGCUCUUACCCUCGAAGCGAUUGGAAUCGAGACGGUGAGGAAAUACUUCCCGGAGACUCUGCUCUUUGACCUGAUCGCUACGGAUUCCCACGGAAAUGCUGAGGUCCCGCUGACCUUCCCGGACUCCAUCACGACGUGGAAAGUUGGGAUGUUCUGCACGUCGGAGGAGUCAGGAUUCGGUCUUUCAGACACCGUCUCCCUCGUCGCUUUCCAGCCGUUCUUCCUGGAUCUCACCCUCCCCUAUUCCGGGAUCCGGGGCGAGAAAUUUACCCUGAAAGCCUCGGUGUUUAACUACCUCCCGCAGACCAUCCGGGUGAGCGUUUCUCUGGAAGAGUCCGAUGAAUACAUCGCCAAACCUGCCAUCGAGAAGCAAGACGGUUACUGCAUCGACCCCAAUGGCAAAAUAACUCUGUCGUGGGAAGUCGCCCUAAAAUCUUUAGGGGAGGUGAAUUUCACGGUAAGCGCUGAGACGUUGGAAGGGGGUCUUUGCGGGAAUGAAGUGCCGCAGCCGACGCAGAGGCGGAAGGACACCAUUACCAAACACGUUCUGGUGGAGCCGGAAGGAGUGGAGAAGGAAGAGACCCAGAACGCGAUGGUCUGCGGGAAAGGUCCUGAAACCUCCGAGACGUUUUCUCUCAAGCUGCCAGAGCUUGUGGUGGAAGGAUCAGCGCGGGGCUACUUCUCUGUCAUUGGCGAUGUUAUGGGUAACGCCAUGCAGAACCUCGGCAGUCUCCUGAAGAUGCCGUUUGGAUGCGGGGAGCAGAACAUGGUCCUCUUCACCCCAAACAUCUACAUCUUGGAAUAUCUGAACAACACUCACCAGCUGACCCCAGAACUCAAAUCAAAAGCCUUGAGUUACCUGAACAACGGGUAUCAGAGGCAGCUGACCUACAGACACUACGACGGCUCGUACAGCGCUUUUGGGCCAUCGCACGGAGAGGGUAACACUUGGCUCACGGCUUUCGUUAUGAGGUCCUUCGCUCGCGCUCGUUCUCACAUUUAUAUCGAGGAGAAGCAAAUCACCGACGCGCUCUUGUGGCUAACACACCGGCAGAAGGACAAUGGCUGCUUCCUGAGCGUCGGACAAUUGUUUCAUAUCGACAUGAAGGGCGGCGUGGGUGACGAAACGACUCUGGCCGCGUACAUCACGAUCGCUCUGCUGGAAUACCCUCUGCCUCUGACGCACCCCGUGCUCCGGAACGCGCUCUUCUGUCUGGAGACCGCGGCCAUCGCUGACAAUAACAUCUACACCCAAGCGCUGAUGGCGUACGCUUUCACCCUGGCCGGGAAGACAGACGCUCGCACUCGCCUUCUCGAGACCCUGAAGGAAAAGGCCAUCGAGAAAGACGGCACCGUCCAUUGGCACCGGCCAGAGUUUUCAGGAACCAGUCGGGCCCCCAACCGAAGAGCCCCCUCUGUUGAAGUGGAAAUGACCUCCUACGUGCUGCUGGCCAUCCUGUCCUCGCCCCGGCCCUCCGAUGAGGAUAUAACGUACGCCACCAAGGUCAUCAACUGGCUCAUAAAACAGCAGAAUCCUACCGGCGGCUUCUCCUCCACACAGGACACGGUGAUGGGUCUCCAGGCUCUCUCCCUUUACGGGUCGCUGACACAGAGUCACGAUAGUCCCCGCACCGUCUCUCUCGCGCUCGACGCUUCUCCGAUUGCAAAGCUCCACGUGGAGGAUUCCAACCGCCUGCUGCUCCAGAGCGUCCCUCUGGACAAGGUCCCCGCGGAUUACACUGCCACCAUCACUGGGAGCGGGUGCGUGUAUCUACAGACGACCCUGAGGUAUAACGUGCCUCAUCCCAAGGAGGACGCUCCCUUCUCUAUCUCUGUGACUCCGCAGCCGCCGACGUGUGACUCCAAGUCUCUGAAGUCCUUUAGCGUAGCUGUCAACGUGAGUUACACCGGCAAGAGGGAGAAGACCAACAUGGCCAUAGUGGAUAUCAAACUGCCGUCAGGAUACAUCCCAAUCAAACCCACAGUCAGAGAGCUGACGAAUGUCCCCCUGAUUAAACGGACAGACAUCUUGCCCAAUAAAGUCAUCGUGUACUUUGAUUCGCUCACCAAGGAUAUUAAGAGCUUCCGCUUCUCGCUGGAACAGGACAUCCCCGUCAGAAACCUUCAGCCGGCCACCGCCAUGAUAUACGAUUACUACGAGACAGAUGAAUUUGCGGUCACAGAGUACAGCGCCCCCUGCAGCUCAGAAGAUGAGACAAACAACGCGUAACGGAGGGACGCAGGAACCGCGUGGAUUGUUUUUGUGAAAUUAUUGCGUUGCUACAUAAAGGGUCAAAAGUUUCAGAUUUAUUAAAAAGUAAAAAUGUUUUCCA